UUUGUGACUCUCCGCAAGGAUGGCGAGCGCGAGUUUAUGUUUUACCGCAAUCCUAGCGCGGAUAUGUUACUUAAGCCUGAGGAGCUUGACGCUGACCUUAUCAAGCAGGCGUCCAUUUUUCACUACGGCUCUAUCAGUCUCAUCGCGGAGCCUUGCAGAUCCGCUCACUUGGCCGCGAUGAAAAUCGCCAGAGAAGCUGGAGCGGUCCUCUCGUAUGACCCCAACUUAAGACUUCCGUUGUGGAGUUCGGCAGAGGCUGCUCGCACAGGCAUCAAAAGCAUUUGGAACGAAGCCGAUAUCAUCAAGAUAAGUGAGGAGGAGAUCACAUUUCUAACUGAAGGAGGUGACCCUUACAGCGAUGAAGCAGCUCAAGCUCUCAUGCAUCCAAACUUGAAGCUCUUGCUAGUGACCGAAGGCGAAGGCGGCUGCCGCUAUUACACAAAGGAGUUUCUUGGUCGUGUGGACGGUAUCAAAGUCGACGCCGUCGACACAACAGGCGCAGGUGAUGCGUUCGUCGCUGGAGCCUUAACUCAGCUCGUAAAAGAGCCAUCCUUGUACAAGGACGAACCGAGGCUGAGAGAAGCUCUCCUCUUUGCAAAUGCUUGCGGUGCGAUCGCAACUACGGAGAGGGGAGCAAUCCCCGCCCUGCCGUCGAAAUCCGCAGUGUUUCAACUUCUAGGAAAGUCGUCUGCCAAAGUCUUGCAGCCAUGAAAGUUUUAAGAACACAUUUUUUCCUCUUUUUUUCCUGCUUUGGAACUUUUACAUUUAAGAUAUUUAAUCGCGAACUCUACAGUGGCGAGA